CCUACCAUAUUCCAUCCACAGUGGGAUUUCCAUGACCUCCAAAGAGCCAGCUUUUCAUUCAGUUUUUCUUUUCUUUUUUCCAAACCAACAGCUAAUGUCCUGGAGGGUGACUCCAUGGACCAGGAUGUUGAGAGCCCUGUGGCCAUUCACCAGCCAAAGUUGCCUAAGCAGGCCAGGGACGACCUGCCAAGACACAUCAGCCGAGACCGGACCAAAAGGAAAAUCCAGAGGUACGUGCGGAAAGAUGGAAAGUGCAACGUCCACCAUGGCAACGUGAGGGAGACCUAUCGCUACCUGACCGAUAUCUUCACCACCUUAGUAGACCUCAAGUGGAGAUUCAACCUGUUGAUUUUCGUCAUGGUUUACACAGUGACGUGGCUCUUUUUUGGAAUGAUCUGGUGGCUAAUUGCAUACAUCCGAGGAGACAUGGACCACAUAGAGGACCCUUCAUGGACUCCUUGCGUCACCAAUCUCAAUGGGUUCGUCUCUGCUUUUUUAUUCUCCAUAGAGACAGAAACCACCAUUGGUUAUGGCUACCGGGUCAUCACGGACAAGUGCCCAGAGGGAAUUAUUCUCCUCUUAAUCCAAUCUGUUUUGGGGUCCAUUGUCAAUGCGUUCAUGGUGGGAUGCAUGUUUGUAAAAAUAUCGCAACCCAAGAAGAGGGCAGAGACCCUGGUUUUUUCCACCCACGCGGUGAUCUCCAUGAGGGAUGGGAAACUGUGCCUGAUGUUUCGCGUAGGGGAUCUGAGGAAUUCCCACAUCGUGGAGGCUUCCAUCAGAGCUAAGUUGAUCAAGUCCAAACAGACCUCAGAGGGGGAGUUCAUCCCCUUGAACCAGACGGAUAUCAACGUAGGGUAUUACACUGGCGAUGACCGUCUCUUUCUGGUGUCACCACUCAUCAUUAGCCAUGAAAUUAACCAACAGAGUCCUUUCUGGGAGAUCUCCAAAGCCCAGCUGCCUAAAGAGGAACUGGAAAUUGUGGUCAUCCUAGAAGGCAUGGUGGAAGCUACAGGGAUGACGUGCCAAGCUCGAAGCUCCUACAUCACUAGUGAGAUCCUCUGGGGGUACCGGUUCACCCCUGUCCUGACGCUGGAGGACGGGUUCUACGAAGUCGACUACAACAGCUUCCAUGAGACCUACGAGACCAGCACCCCAUCUCUCAGUGCCAAAGAGCUGGCCGAGUUAGCCAGCAGGGCUGAGCUGCCCCUGAGCUGGUCCGUCUCCAGCAAACUCAACCAACACGCAGAGCUGGAGACUGAGGAGGAAGAAAAGAACCCUGAGCAGCAGACGGCGAGGAAUGGUGAUGUGGCGAAUCUAGAGAACGAAUCCAAAGUUUAG